AAAAAAAUCGAAAAAAGUGUUUCGAACCAAAAGUUAUCGUGAAAAAAAAUCGAGAGGGUCACUGUUUUCGGUCGAUCGAAAUCACGUCGAAUUCCCCUGAUGGGUGUACAUCAUUUUGACGAACUUCAUCGAUUCUUACCGUGUCCAUAAAAAAGAUAAGAGCCGUGAGAGUGAAACGGAGUUGUGUAAUAUCCUGCACUGCAUGCAAUGAAAAUUUUCACAGUCUAGUAAAAUCUUGAGCCAGAUCGAUAACCGGCGGUAAAAAGAAGAAUGUAGUCUACGUCUUGAGAUUAAAAGCUUUUUUUUUGUUCGUUUCUUACCGUCGUCAUUUAUUGCCUCAGAUCCGAAGAUCGAUCGUUUCUUUAUCGGGAAAUGAUCGUUGACCGCGUCAAAAAAAAAAGGGGAACUUUUUCAAUUACUUCUUUUUCGUUUCAACAACGUUACAUUACCCAAUCAAAAACCAAUGAUCAUAAAGUUUUUCGAAACGAGCUUGUUUUUCACCCACGCGCGGUGACCUGCACCGGCAAUUUUCCUCUUUCAUGGCACGUCAGCAAAAAGUAAAUUAGCGGAGUGAAAUUCGUUUUUUUUUUAUUCCACAACAUUAUACGGGUACAAUAACUGUUAUAGUUCUACCGCGUUAACAACGGGAUUUCCAUUUUGCUGAAACAUUUUUCACACCGUUACUGGUUUUGUUGUAGCUGAUAAUUAAUAACCGGGCAAUUUGGGUCAAUCGAGUCGUUAUACAUCGCGGGUUGAAUUCCAAAAGUAUAUACGAUAUAAACCUGCAGCGGUAGAGUAGCAACGGCAAUGUAAUCGGUAAAACGGGAGCAAUUUUUUUUCGUCCCGCUCGAUAAAACAUAAGAUGGCGGAUGUUGUUCUCUUGUAUGUCGAUAUCAUACAUGUUACCGAUUUUUACCUGAAUCGGAAAGUAGUGGAAAAGAAGACGGAACAGAAAAAAAACAAAGAAAUCUUUCGGGCUACACGAGAAUGACGAAAAUUCAAAUUAGCCAGAACUGUUGAAUGGAAUUUUGAGCAGCUCGGUAAAAGAGGGCCGUGGUUGAUAAUAAUUCAAGAUGACGCGAGGCAAGUGGGUGUUGCUGCGAGGGUUGCUCGGCCCGAUGGGGAUGUUCUGUCUGACUUUCUGGGUGGACGCAGCCUCCCUUUCGGGGUUGAAUCCGGCGAAUGAGAGGGAGAGUUUCGGCGUCUGCGCCAUCCUAUGUCGUCUCAACCCCGUCAUUCAGCCCUGCGAGGUCUUCUGCACCAGCCGUCGGCAAUCUUCGAUUCAGUCGAACAUUAUAGUCACGGGUGAGAAGGACCUCCUCGUCAAGGACGUCGGCGUCGGCUCGGCCGAUGGGGCGCGUCGCAAAUACGCGUGCCCUUCUUCGACCUGCUCGCCAUCGACAUGCGAAUGCCGCGUCGGAGCUAAAACCUACCCGGAAUCGUUGCCCCGAGGCGAAGUGCGUUCCCACGAAUUACCGGUGAGCCCGAAAAAGCUCUGCGACGCGAUCAACGAGGACAACGGACGCCUGGGGCUGAUUUUCGGGUGUCGAAAUGCCCGUCGCUUCGCCUCCCCCUGCGGAAGCGCCGAGUGGACCGAGGAACCCGAAGAAUUAUCCGAAGAAGCGGAGGAGACCUCGAGAUCCCCCGAAACGGAAAUACCGCGGGACGAAGAUUCGCUCGCUUCCGACUCGACCGCACGUGGCCCUUACCUCGCCGAUAUCAGUGACGCGAUAAUCGAGGAACGCGACCUAGUCGACGCGGAUUUCGAUUUCCUCGGACCCGGGGACGACGAGCGGUUCGCGCAAAAAUUCGUGCAAGUCCAGGGCAUGGAAGGUUCCAACGGUCACGACACCGAAUUCGACUGGGAGAAAUUCUGCGAGAUCGAAUGCGGCAGAGGAAAUGGCGGGGCGGCGUGCAGAUGCGACAUUAUUCCUUGAGGUUUUAUCGUAAUUAUAUAUAUAUAUAUAUAAAUUUAUAGAUAAUAUGUAGGUAUAUUACAUAGAAUUAUUACCGAUACUGUAACAUAUAAACAUGAAUUUACAUAUCUUCUGGCGUAAAAUCACAUGGCUGGUUGAGAUAAUUGCCCGCUAAUUUCAUCAAUGAUUAAUCGGCUUGUUUUCUGUUAAUUAUAUUUAUUUGAAAAUAAUAUUUAAUCCGUAACGCACGCGUGAUUAGGUAUGCUAUAAAUACACAUGUUAGAGAACGAAUUUUUUUCCACGCUUUUUUCAAUUACUCUUUUCUUCGUUUUCGACUAAUUGUUAUACAUCUAUAUUCUAUAAUGGAGUCAAUGAGAAAAAUGACAAAUUUCUUGAUUAUUAAAAAUAAACUAGGAGACUACAUGCUAUAUUAUAUCUAUAAUAGAUAAUCAGUUGAUAAUUAUUAGACACGUGGGUCGGUUGUGGGAUUAAAAAAAUUAAAACAAUAAACCUAUAAUUAUACCGCGGCAAAGUGUCUAGCAUCUGCCGAUAAUUAACAAAAAAAAAAAAAAAAACAGCAUUACGUAGUAUAUCUUAGGAAUGUAAGGGUUUCUACACUAUAAAAGCUCAGUUCACACGAAACGGAAAAUAAAUACGUAAUCUAUCAUAUUCAGGUAAUAGCCGGUAAUUCAUCUUUUUUCUACAGCGUCACAAAAAAAUAUAGUAGAUAUAAGCAUUAACGCGCAGGUACAUGUAUAGCUAAUAUUAUUGCGUACCUGUACGUAAUACCUGUAAUUGUUGCGAGAAUAUAGGUUUUCGUUUUCUAAAAAUUACAAACCUACGUAGAUAUCAAAUUUUUUACCCACACCGUGCGAUUAGCACGUAUACAUAUAGUAGUAAUAAUAAGAAUAUGAUUAUCAUUACGGUAACGAUGUACGAUAAUUAUUAAUUAAUAACGAUCAUUUUAAUUCUAGAUCGUACGAACGCGGCUUAAGUGUGCAAUAUGUGUAUUAUGCAAUAAAAUGUAAUCGACUGCAAAACGAAAGAUUUUUGCAGGAUCGUUAAUUGUGUAAAUAAAUAGCUUUGUCGACGUAUAUUCUAUACAUUAUAUCAAAAUUUUCCGUAGCUUUUAUAUAAAUUUUUUGAAAUUCAAACAAAAUCAAUGUCUUCCAUUAUUGAUACGAGAUAAUUUUUUACAUAGGUAUAUAUAAUUGUGUAUGAUUAGGGAUAUAUUAAUCGUCGAUUAUUUUUGAGCAUUGAAUACUUGAAAACUUUCUUUCGUCCGAUAAUGUCACUUGAAAGUUUUUAUCCUUUGAGAUUUUUCACAAUUCUUAUACCACGCAUAUACAGAAAUAUUAUAUUCUACACGAAAUGUACACGAGCAAUUUUUACACCGAUGUACGUACGUUGUUGUAGUUAAAAAAAGAAAUAUUUCAGAUUCGUUUAAUUUUUCUGAAAACCAUUUGAAAGAAAUAAAUACAAAAAUACUAGCUAACAGCUGUUGGGAUUAAAUAAAUUAUGUUUGAACAUAGAAUUAAUUGAACAACAAAUGCUCGUGAACGGUGAAAAAUGAGAAAAAAAUUUAUACGUCUUUAUUGAAUAGUAUAACUUAAAAUUAUAACGAAUAAAUGAUAAAUGCUUGAAAAAGACUAAUCAUUAGGCUAUAGGAUAUUAUAAAAAAGAAGAUUAAAAAAAAAAGUUGUGACGCGACAAUAAUAAGUAGAUGCUAGGAAAGCCUAUGUGAAUUUCAUAUAAUGGUAUACGUAUCUUGAGUACAUAUAGGAAUAUAUGCUGUAAUUUUCACAAUCGAUAUAGGUAACAACUAAUAACUCGUAAACAUAUCUUAUAGGUAUAUGUGUACCACGUAUACGCACAUUAUACUGCGCUUAUAUUAUACGCAGAAUUUAUCGUACGUAUAAAAAUAAUAAAUACCUACAUGUAUAUCUAUGUAUUAUAUGUAAUGUGUACAGUCACGGAUGUAUACACCAUGCACUUAUCCUUCGUAUGUAUAAAAAUAUUAAUCCUUUAAUUCUGCACCUGUACAGACAAUAAAUACCGUAUAUUGUA